AUGGGAGCGGAAACCGUGCGGGCUGUAGCGGCGUCGGACGACGUCACGUUGGUCGGCGCGACCUGCAACACCCCCAGGGCCUCAAUGCUGGAUGCGACCCAGCCCCAGGUGAUGGUCGAGUUCACGCACGCGGAGGCAUGCAUGGAAGCGGCGCCGUUGGCCGCCAACCGGGGCAUCCACAUGGUGCUCGGCGCAAGCGGGCUCAACGCCGACCAGCUGCAGACGCUGGACACCAUGAGCCGCGAACAUGGCGUCGGGGUGAUCGUUGCCCCUAACUUCGCGCUGGGUGCGGUCGUGUUGAAAAAACUGGCGGAGCAGGCCGCCGCUUUCUUCGACUACGUCGAUGUGGUGGAAGCCCACCACGAAAUGAAGAUCGACGCUCCAUCCGGGUUUUCCCUGGCCAUCGCGCGCGGCGUUCGGGAUGCGCGUGGCAGCGACUUCCAGCGGAACGAGACCACCGUGCAUCACCUGCCGGAAACCCGCGGCGGCGACGUGGGAGGAGUGAGCAUCCACAGCCUGCGGUUACCGGGCCGCAGCGCUCACCAUGAGGUGAUAUUUGGCGCCGCCGGACAAACCCUGAGCAUCCGCCACGACACGCUGGGCAGAGACUGCUACAUGCCCGGCGUGUUGCGCUGCGUGCGGGAGGUGGUACACAGGCCCGGUCUCACCGUAGGUCUGGAGGCCGUGUUGGGUCUUUAG